AUGGAGAAUCAAGAGGAAGUGCUGAGGGAGCUGAGAGGAAUUAGAGAAGAAGUAAGGAGUCUGAGAGAAGAAAUAAAAGAAUGGAGGUUGGAAAGAGGAACAAAGAGAGAAUGGAAGGAAAAGCAGGAGAGUGCAGAAGAGAUAGAGAAGAGGAGAAGAGGGUUGGGGGAAGAAGGAUGCAAGAAAGAAGAAGAAGACGAAGCAGAAGGAGGAGGGUGGGAAAAACAGGACGAGGGGAAUGAAAAGGUAGUAAAAAGAGAGAGGGAAGUAGACAGCAAAGAGGAGGAGACAGAAGGGCAAGAAAUAGAGAAGGAAAGAAAUGGUGCCAGAGAGGGAGAAGAAGAGAAGAAUAGAAGAGAAACAAUAGAAGAAGCGAAGAAGAAAUGGAGAAGAAGAUCAGAGGGAGAUGCUGACGAGCUGGAAGGAGAAAAAGAGUGGAGGAGAAGAAUGGAAACAGAAGGGACAAAGAGAAGAGAAGAAGAGUGGGAAAAGAUAUGGGAGGAAAGAAUGGAAGAAAUCAGAAAGGAAAGGAGAAAAAGAAGUCUGAUUUGGAAGGGGGUAGAAGGAAAAAAUCUAGAAGAAAGAUUGAGCUAUAUUAAAAAGAUUUUAGAAAAGGAACUGGGGCAAGAGGUAGAAAUAAAAAGAGCAACAGAAAGGGUGGGAGAAGGGGGGAGAAAUAUAGUACUAACAGAAUUAGAAGAGGAAGACCGCAAGAAGGAAAUGGUGUGGACGAAAAAUGAGAUCUGGGACAGAUGGAGGGUUGCGGUUGACGAGGAUCUGUCAAAAGAAGAGAGAAGGAUGAAGUGGAGGAUAAAAGAGAAGGCGAGAGAAGAAAGAAGAAAGGGGAACUGGGUGGAAUUCAAUAACAGAAGAAUAUGGAUAGAAGGAGAAGAAUGGAAAUGGAACGAGAGGGCAGAAAAAUGGGAAGCCAGCAGACAGACGGAUAGGAAAUAA